UGUUGACCUAGAUCUACAUAUCAAGGAAAGUUCUAGACUAAAGAUCUAUAGUCAGUUUCUUGUUUGUGUUUUCAGAUCAGUAUGGACGAUAUUCUAGACGAAAUUGGACUGGGAGACGUUAAAGAAAUCUUUAGAAGAAAUCGGUUGCAACCAGAAGAUAUAAAAAGCUUAACAGAGAAAGAGUUUGAAGACCUAGGUGUUAAUACGAUAGGAGACCGGGCGCGACUGCGGGAAAGAUGCAGGGAUAAAUGUGAAGCCGAUGAUUCACCUUGUUUAAUGCGAGUUCGGCAUUUUCAAACGCAAAGGAAAGGAAAGGGAAAGAGGGGUUUACAGUACAAUGUAAACAGGCAGGAGAAAAGUACGAGGAGAAUAUUGUUUGGAUGGAAGCAUAUGUCAAAGAAAUCGUAUCAGCUGAUAACAGCAAAUAAGGGCGGCGGGAGUGUUGUUCUUGAUGUGCCGAAACAGAGCCUUAUAGAUUCAUUGAAAGAGCAAGUAACCGAACACUUUUUCCCUGGUGGAGAAAAUAAAAUACAGGGAUUAAAAACGGAACAUCUCAUAUUGUUCUUGGCAACGUUCACAGGAGAGGAGGUAGAGGGAAACCUAGUAGAUGAUAUACUUAAAAACUUGAAGUCGUCUCCUGUAAGACUGUACCUGCAUUCCCGCCAAAAGGACGAAAACACCGUUCCUGUUUCAAAGACUGAAGGUGGUGAAAGCAGCGAAACGGCAGACCAAGAUGCUGAUGAGGUGCAAUUUGUAGAUGCUGAGACGCCCACCAUUCAAUUCAGAAACAGAAACAGGGAAAGGCUGUCUCUGCGGCCACGUAAUACAACAGAAACAGGAGCUACGACCUCGACACUUGAGGCCACUGCAGGACCAAGCAUGAUUAACUCGGAUCAUACAGACUGGCUAGAGGUAAUGGACAGUGAAGAUGAGGAGAUGGCAAGGGCAAUAGAGGAAAGUUUGAGAGAAAGUAGAGAGUACAAUCCAGCACAGAAUACGUUGACACUGGUUGAAGUACUAAAGGGAUGUCAAGUGGAAGUACCGAGCUUGUCAAGGUGCGAUGUCAUUGUGUCAAGAAAAAAUGUCCUAGGCACGGCAUUUAAUGCUUUUAGGAGAUCUUCAUUUGAGAUCAAGUCAAAUCUGUAUGUGAAAUUCAGCGGGGAGCGAGGAGUUGAUCACGGCGGACCUCGAAGAGAGUUUUUUAGGCUUGCUAUUCGAGAACUUCAAAACAGCAACUUGUUUGAAGGACCAGAGGAAGGUCGCUUUUUCUCACAUAAUGUUCACCUACUGGAGAAAGAAGAAUACAAACUUGCUGGUAAACUUGCCGCAUUAUCUCUCUGCAAUGACGGCCCGGGACUACGAUUCCUAAAUGAGAAGCUGUAUGACUUAAUGACUGGAAAGAAGGGAGAUUUUGAGGACUGUAACUCUUCUCUGAAUCUUUUACCAGCAGAUAUUAAGGAAGUUAUUCAGAAGCUAUUGAGCAUGGACAGUGAAGAAAGCAGGGAUUCUUUCUUGAACGAUCAUGGAGAUUGGUUAAUAGACCAAGGCAUUGUUGAUAUCACAAAAGUAACGAUAUGCAACAGAGAAAAUAUUGCAGCAAUGGUCACAAAGUAUUACUUAUACUACAGAACUGGAGCUGAAAUUGCACAGUUUAAAGAGGGAGUCAAUGAACUGAACAAUAUGUGGGACUUAAUACAGAUGUACUCGCAUCUGUUUAAACAGUUGUUCUGCUACCCAGCUGUGCCAUUGAAAAAGGAAGACUUUGACGAAAUGAUGGAACCUACUUAUUCAGAACCAGGUUCGAACAUGAGAUCUAAGGAGGACGACACGAUGUACAGCUGGGAGCUUUUCCUGCAAGACAUACAAGAUGGAAGUCUACCACUUACAUUUGGGGAACUUAUGUCGUUCAUUACGGGAGCUGACCACAUCCCGCCAUGCGGCUUCUGCCAAAAAGUUUUAAUUAGUUUCUACGACCAAACAGAUGGAACAACUCGGUACCCGUCAGUGUCAACAUGUGCAUUCUAUCUAUGGCUCCCACGAGGAAUGGAUAAUGCAAAGGAUUUUGCAGAGCUGAUGGUGGAUGCCGUGAAAAAUUCUCUCGGUUUUCUAAAAAUUUAAUGGAGUUCAAUUUCAGUUACAUUUUAAGAGGAGUAUCCUAACAUUGGAGUAUGUGACGAUUUCAGUAAUAGAUCCGUUAAUUAUUGAAAGGAAACAAUUUUUUAACAUUUUAUUUUAAUGUCACAAGUUAGUGGCCUUGAGACUGUUUUUAAUUUUAGUUCAGACUGUUGUAUUUAAAUUUUAACUGUUAAUUGUACCCCUGCCCCCACCCCCUGCACAAACGAAGUUGUAAAGGGGUAUACUGGUUUCAGGUUGUCUGUCUGUCCGUUAGUCCGUCCGUAGACGCAAUAUGUUUUCGCACCAUAUCUCUGAAACCCCUUGACACAAUUUAAUGAAACUUCACAUAAGUGAUCAGUACCAACACAGGUUGUGCUUAGGUUCUUUAAAAAAUUGUGUGCAGUUAUGGGACUUUGUUUUUCUUUGUUACCAUGCUCUAUGCAUAGUCUGCAUAUGCAAUCUUGUGCGCGCCGAAUCUGCUUAACCUUUGAACGCAAUUUAAUGAAACUUCAUGCAAGUGAUCAGUACCAAUCCUAAUUGUGCAUGGUGCAUGAUAGGUUCUUUCUGAAAAAUAAAUCUGCAGAGUUAUGGGACUUUGUUUUCUGUGACCAUAUUAUUUACAUAGUUUGCAUAUAAUUUAUUGAAACUUUACACAAAUGGCCAGUACCAACCUUAGAUGUGCACGGUGCAUGUUAGGUUUUUUUCAGAAAAAAAACUUGCAGAGUUAUGGGACUUCGUUUCUUGUUACUAUUUUAUAUACAUGUUUACAGUCAGCAAAACUUUGCAAUCUUGUGCGCGUCAAAUAUCCUUAUAUCUAUAUAAGACUGUCUUUUUUCCCUACAUAGACUUUUUGUGACGUCUUUUAAAUGCAAUAUACUGUGUCAAUGCAAGCAGGGGGUAUAUUCAUCACCUUCAGUGAUAGCUCUAGUUAACAGCUGUCAUCCACAGCGUGUGAAGGAUUACACAUAUAACUAAUCUUAUGUUUCCAGUGGUGUAACAUGUCACUUUCGGAGAUUUGCAAAUUGUCUAUGUUAAGAGUUUGUCUAUUACGAGACGAUAUUUGAAUCCAUUACAAAUUUUGAAAGUUUAUUGUUUAUUCACCCUAGAAAAUUAAUGCAUGUGUGAUUUGAUCAGCGUUAGACAUGGUACUACAUACAGCUGAG